AGAAGAGCACUGUUGCACUCUUGACUUGAAACUGCAACUGCACACAGAUAGAAAGCAAACACAGGACGAGUUUGGAGCAGCUUAGUUCCAAUAAACUCCAUGUGAGCCAUUAUGGAGAACUCAGACGAGAAAGGAAAUGUUUCAAAUUUGUUUUGGAUGUUCCUGAACAUCCUUUUGUCACAGUUGCAAAUGCUUCGACAGGGACACUUGUUAUGACUAGAAAGACUGUCAGUGCUGGGAUUUCAUAUAUCUCCUUCUGGAUCUCCUCCAAAGACUUGGUGUCAGGAUAUUGUUACUCACAAGACUGCGUUCCAGCAUGGGAACUUGACUGGGCUAAGGGUUGUGGUUGUGUUUUGUUUCAUGAGCAACGUGCCUUUCUCAGCUGCUUUGGAAGUGCAGUCCCUAGAGGUCCAGUACACAGUUCUACGUGACUCUAACGGGCAGCUGCAGUUCCAACAGACGACUUUGUUAGGCGGAGACGUCCUCUUCCACUGUAAGAGUCCCACACUGACUGACCAGCCGCGACACAACUGGGUCACACACGCACACACCUCUGAGGACCUUCAGCAGAAACAUGAGGUCUGUAAGGGAGAGUACGGACAACACCUGCACAGUUUCCAGAUUAUAAACAAAACAGCUGGUUGGACAGAAAUUCUCCAAAGACGUCGGGGUUGCCAAGUGAAUGGCUCCGACAUCUUUGUCUUUGAUAAGUGGGCUGUCGACGGAGAUGAUUUCUUAACCUUUGACCCUAAAACUCUUCGAUGGAUACCUCAGUCUGACCUUGCGGUGCCUGUAGCUCAAGAGUGGAAUCAGGAGACUGACUGGAAUAAUGUCCGCAACUACGUCUAUGGAGUCUUCCUCCAGGACAAGUGUUGGGAUGCCCUCAAUAAAACUGCAAAAGGGAGAACACAUUCCGGUUCAGAUUCUCACGAAGGGUUGGAGGUGUACAUGUUCGCCAAACCCAUCCGAGGAAGUACUGCCACGUACCUAAAGUGUCAUGUGAUAAGCUCCGACCUAUCAGGAGUCAGGAUCCAGUUAACUAAAGAUGGAGUUCCUGUGGUCCAUCAGAUAAAUCUGACUGGACCACUUCCCAAUGGGGACGGAACAGUUCAGAUGAGAGUCCAGGUUGAGCUGCAACGUAAAGAUGCAGAAAACUACCAGUGUCACGUCCAGACUGAAACAACACACAGAUGUCAACAGUGGGAUGGGCUGCCAUGUCUCAGAAAAAACUCUGAAAAAACUUCAACAAGUCAUGUCUCGGGGCCUGCUCCUGGCCUGCUCCUCCUCGGCUGGGCUAUUCUUGCGGGCAUCCUCGUUGCAGUUGGAAAGUAUCGGCUCAAGUGCAACCAGCUGCGGGUCCAAGCUGAAAGAGCAAAAAGGAUCAGAGUGGAAGCCGAGCAGAUCCGACUGCUUCUUCGCAUAGCCAUGCCCAUGACCCAGUGGGAGUUCAACAGACAUGUUGCAGCUGAUAAUGAAUUCUACAUCAGAGCUCCUUUAAUUGGGAGCAUACAAUCAGAAGAAUCUUCAUAAAAAGUAAUUGUGUAUUGUUUACGAAUGAAAAAAGGGAAAAAUGGAAAAAUAUGAAUAUUUUGUAUAUCUUUUACAAUUACGAUGGGACCUUAUAUUCUGUACUCUGUUUAUUAACGCAAUGGAUAAUUUAAAACUGUUAUUUUUCAAAAGUUAUUUUCAUUACUAAAUCUUUCAUGAAAGUGGUGUCUGUAUUAUUCCAGCUGCCAUUACCUGAGUAAGGUCAUAUUCGGAAUACUAAAAGCUACUGUGGAAUGGAAAAUACUAGUGCAUACUGUAUGUGCAAGCUAGUCCAGUGCAUUUUUGUAGCUUGUUUUAAUGCCCUACCACUUGGCAAACAUUGUGAAAAGUGAAAAGGCAAAACGUUUGAUGAGGUCAAUUUAUGUAAAACAUUUUUUUUUUUUAAAUGUCAAGAUUGAAUUUAUUGAUGGGUGGAAACAUCGUAAUGCUCAGUGACGAAGGUUUUGUGAAGAUGUAUGUUAUUACUACUUUCGUUGUUUCUGUAUUGUACUAUUUAACACUGAUUAUUUUAUGUACUGCAAUCAUGUACUGUACAGUAGAACUACAGCUCUAAGUCCAAGUUAAUUUUACGUUUCUGUAUUUUGUUGUUUUCUAACUUUGUGAAGCUGAAGUUCUCUAAAGUAAUCAACAAUAUCUAGCCUUCAUGAACAGGUGUGACCACAUUCCAAGACUGGCCUCCAUUUAAACUCUCUUUGGUCUUUGACUGGAAUGAACUUCGGAACACAUCAUUGACAGAGACUAAAGUAUAUCAAUAAAUGUACAACAUAGCA